AUGGCCGCCCGGGGAGGACCGGGCCCGGGCUCCCGGCACCACGCUCUGCGCGGGCUGCUGCUGCUCUGCCUCUGGCUGCCGAGCGGCCGGUCCGGGGAACCCGCCGCUCCUCCGUCGGGGGUCGAUCGGCUGCUGCAAGACUUUCGCCGGCAGCUGCAGCUGGCACGGCCGCGUGAGGAGCUAGAACCGGAGCUGCUCGCCGGCCCGAGGGAGGAUUGCCCGGGCGCGGGCGGUACGGCGGUCUACCGGGCCGUACCCGAUACCAUCAUCCGCACCCAGGACUCCAUCGCGGCCGGAGCCAGCUUCCUGCGCGCACCGGGGACCGUGCGGGGCUGGCGGCAGUGCGUGGCGGCCUGCUGUUCCGAGCCUCGCUGCACCGUGGCGGUGGUGCAGCUGCCCCGGGGGCCCAGCUCACCCGCGCCCAUGCCCGCGCCCCGAUGCUACCUGUUCAACUGCACGGCGCGGGGCCGCAGCGUUUGCAAGUUCGCGCCGCUUCGGGGAUACCGGACUUACACUCUCAGCCGCGCCGGGGACACCGCCGGGGUCUCGCCCGGGCCGGGUGAGGACAAGCCUCCACUUAGCAAGGCCGGGAAGGAUGUGGUUUUGCAUCUGCCCACAGACGGGGUAAUUCUGGAUGGCCGAGAAAGCACAGAUGACCACGCCAUUGUCCAUUAUGAGUGGACGUUGAAGCAGGGUGACCCAUCAGUGGACAUGAAGAUGUCUGUAUGGCAGGUGCCUCAGCCAGGAAUCCUGGAGCUGUCCCACCUGAAGGAAGGUGCAUACAUCUUCCAGCUGACUGUGACUGACACGGUGGGCCAGAGAAGCUCUGACAAUGUGUCUGUGAGCGUGCUUCCCAGGAUCUACUCCACGGGAGGGUGCUCCAGCGUUUGCUCGCGCUACCAUUUCUUCUGUGACAGUGGCUGCUGCAUUGACAUCACCUUGGCUUGUGAUGGAGUGAGCCAGUGUCCAGAUGGGUCUGAUGAAGACUUCUGCCAAAACUUGGGCCUUGACCGCAAGAUGGUGGUGACACACGCGGCGGCUACUUCUGCCCAGCCAGGAACCACGGGACUGAGUGAGGGUAAAGAAGACCUCCGGUUUGAAAAGUCCCAGAAAGCCACUCCCCACAACCAACCAGCUACUGUGUCCCACACAGAGAAGAGGAUUCACUCCACCCAGAGGGCACCAGAGAGUCAGAUCAUUCCUGCCGUGCCAGACAGUAAUUCCUCAGGAGAGAAUCAAGAAGAAGGAAGCUACAUUUUCAAGUCCAAGAGUGACCAAGCAAGACGGGAACACCCAGCCCCAGAAGCAGGUGCAGUGUUACCCCUGGCAUUGGGUCUGGCCAUCACGGCUUUGCUACUUCUCAUGGUGACUUGCCGACUUCGACUGGUAAAGCAGAAACUUAAGAAAGCCCGUCCCAUUACGUCUGAGGAAUCUGACUACCUCAUCAAUGGGAUGUAUCUGUAA